UAACCAUUCUCCCAUCACUUUUUCUUCCUCUUCACCUUCAUCACUGCUGCUCCCAUUCGGCUAUCCCCUCCUUUCUCUUUAACCUCUCCCUUUCUCUCUCACACAGUUACACGCAAAACACACAACAAUGGCGAGAGUUGUAUUGAUUUUGGCACUAUGCGUGCUACUACCAGUGCUAAUCAGCGCUUCCCGUCCGAUGUCCCGUCCGUUCCGUUUACAAGGCAGAGUGUACUGCGAUACUUGCCGUGCCGGUUUCGAGACCUCCGCCACCACUUACAUUCCCCGUGCUAAGGUUAGGGUUGAAUGCAAGGACAAGGAACAGAAACUUCUUUACAGCAUUGAAGGAACAACUGAUGCUACUGGAACAUAUCAUAUUCUUGUUCAUGAAGAUCAUGGAGAUGAGACCUGUGAUGUGGUUCUUGUGAGCAGUCCAUUGGGCCACUGCAGGACUGCUGACCCUGGGCGUGAUCGUGCUCGUGUUGUGCUCACUAGCUACAAUGGGAUUGUCUCCGAUACUCGUUUUGCAAAUGCCAUGGGGUUCAUGAAGGAUGAGAUCUUGUCUGGUUGCACCACACUUCUUCAAUCACUCAUGGAAGAGGAGGACUAGAAUUUGUUAUAGAAAAGGCGUAAUGUCAUUAGUUGUGUUAAUGGAUUUGAGAAAAGUGUUGUUUGAAUGUUUAUCUAUUUGUUUAUGUUGUAUGGAGAUUAUAUUGUGGGUUGCAAUUGGAAGAUUUUAAACGAAAUCAUCUUGAUUUUUCAA